GCGUUAGCUUAGUUUACAACCGCUGUGAAACAAAAACGAAGAAGAAGACUUCCGGUAGGCCUACCCUUCGUUUAGAGACGAGCCACAUCGCAGUGUGACAUUUAAGUUGGCGGUAAUUCCCGCAUUUUUAGAUGUUUUACUUAUUGUUUGUCUUCGAAAAACUACACUUUAUCAAUGUUUCGCGUCGGGAUAAACUCGACUUGUCCCAGUGAACUUCGAGGCCUCUCCGGCUAGCCUCGCUCGCUCGUUAGCUUAGCUUGCUAGCCGCUAACAAAGAGAGCUAAGCGGAAAAAAUGUGUAAAGUACAAAUGUUGAGAUUGUUGGUGAAUCAGCGACUAAAGGCGGCUGCUGAAGAGAUAUGUGCAGUGUUAGAAAGAACAGUAGCAGAGUACGAGAGGGAACUUUCCCGAACUAAAGAGGAGAACGAGCGACUACAUCAACUACUGGACGCUGUUUUCAGGAAGCUGCCGAGAACAGACUGCUUUGAAGGAAAUCUUCCUGAGCAGCAGGAGUGGUCUUCCAGGAUGGAGCAGGAAGAGGCACAGCCAGCGCACACUAAGGAGGAUGAGGACUACCCACAACUUCAAGAAGAUAUUGAGGAGCCACAGCUCAUUCACAUUAAAGAGGAAGAUGAGGAGCCACUGCCCCAGCAAAUUAAAGAAGAAGAUGAGGAGCCACAGCACCCUCACAUUAAAAAGGAGGAAGAUGAGGUGCCAGAUUCCCCUGUGUCAAACAGAAAAAGUCACAGCCCAUCUACCUUAAAAAUUAAGAGGAUGAGCCACAAACUCCCUCAAAAUGAAGAAGAGGAGGAACACAGCAUGAGUCAAGACGGAGAGCAUCUUGAAGGACUGGAGGAGGUUGAUGUCACCAAGAUGCCUUUGAUCGUUUUCAUUGUGAAGAGUGAAGAUGAUGAGGGUGAAGGUGAGGAGAAGGGAGAGGUGGAGCCUCCAACUCCACACAUGACAACAGAAGCCGAUGGAGACCACUGUGGAGGAUCACAAGCAGACAAGGUCUUCGCUCCACUAUCAGAUAAUGAGGAUUUAACGUCACACUCUCCUGACACUGAUGAUGAAGACUCUAAAUCUGACAUGACAUGUCACACUGACAACAAACACUUGAAGUGCUCUUACUGUGACAAAACGUUUAAUCACCGCGGUCAUCUGAAAACACACACGAGAACGCACACCGGAGAAAAACCAUUCAUGUGCUCAGUUUGCAGUAAAAGCUUCUCACGAAAGGCAAGUUUGAAAAUACACACAAGAAUACACACUGGAGAAAAACCAUUCCUGUGCUCAGUUUGUAGUAAAAGAUUCCCUCUCAAGCAACAUUUGAAAGUACACAUGAGAAUGCACACUGGAGAAAAACCCUUCCUGUGUUCAGUUUGUAAUAAACGAUUCCCUCUCAAGCAACACUUGACGGGACACAUGAGAAUGCACACUGGAGAAAAACCUUUCAUCUGUUCGGUUUGCGGCAAAGGAUUCGUGCGGAAGUUCGAUUUGAAAUUACACACAAAAAUCCACGCCGGAAACAAACCUUUCAAAUGUUCGGUGUGCGGCAAAGGUUUUAUACAAAACAGCGAUCUGAAAUUACACAUGAGAACGCACACCGGAGACAAACCCUUCAUGUGUUUAGUUUGUAAUAAGAGAUUCACUCAGAAAGGAAAUUUGAUGACACACACGAGAACACACACCGGAGAGAAAGUGUUGAGUUGCAGUGUGUGUGAUGAAAAAUUCUCCUAUAAGUACCAGUUUAAGAAACACACGUGUGCUGGUGAGAACAGCAGCGGCAAAUGAAGAUGCAGGAUUUGAAAUAAACUGUCAAAACUUUUAACUUUGACUUUCUAACAACAGCACAUUUGACAUGUGUGACAUGAUCGUGUGUGGAACACAAUCUUGUUAAUAUUAUUUUAACAUUUAUCGAUUAGAUUUGCUAGACCACUGCUUGUAUGUGUGUGUAUGUAUGUAUGUACAAACCCCGUUUCCAUAUGAGUUGGGAAAUUUUGUUAGAUGUAAAUAUAAAUAGAAUACAAUGAUCUGCACAUCCUUUUCAACCCAUAUUCACUUGAAUGCACUACAAAGACUACUAUUUGAUGUUCAAACUCAUAAACUUUAUUUUUUUGCAAAUAAUAAUUAACUUAGAAUUUCAUGGCUGCAACACGUGCCAAAGUAGUUGGGAAAGGGCAUGUUCAUCACCGUGUUACGUCACCUUUUCUUUUAACAACACUCAAUAAACAUGUGGGAAGUGAGGAAUCUAAUUGUUGAAGCUUUGAAAGUGGAAUUAUUUCCCAUUCUUGUUUUAUGUAGAGCUUCAGUUGUUCAAAAGUCCGGGGUCUCCUCUGUCAUAUUUUACGCUUCAUAAUGCGCCACACAUUUUCGAUGGGAGACAGGUCUGGACUGCAGGCGGGCCAGGAAAGUACCCGCACUCUCUUUUUUUACAAAGCCAAGCUGUUGUAACACGUGCUGAAUGUGGCUUGGCAUUGUCUUGCUGAAAAAAGCAGGGGCGUCCAUGAAAAAGACGGCGCUUAGAUGGCAGCAUAUGUUGUUCCAAAACCUGUAUGUACCUUUCAACAUUAAUGGUGCCUUCACAGAUGUGUAAGCUACCCAUGCCUUGGGUACUAAUGCACCCCCGUACCAUCACAGAUGCUGGCCUUUGAACUUUGCGUCAAUAACAGUCUGGAUGGUUCGCUUCCCCUUUAGUCCGGAUAACACGAUGUCGAAUAUUUCCAAAAGCAAUUUGAAAUGUGGACUCGCCACCCCACAGAACACUUUUACACUUUGCAGCAGUCCAUCUUAGAUGAUCUCGGGCCCAGAGAAGCCGGCGACGUUUCUGGAUGUUGUUGAUAAAUGGUUUUCGCUUUGUAUAAUAGAGCUGCAACUAGCACUAACAGAUGUAGCGACCAACUGUAUUUAGUGACAGUGGUUUUCAGAAGUGUUCCCGAGCCCAUGUGGUGAUAUCCUUUAGAGUUUGAUGUCGGUUUUCUAUACAUUGCCGUCUGAGGGAACGAAUGUUACGGUCAUUCAAUGUUGGUUUCCGGCCAUGCCGCUUACGUGGAGUGAUUUCUCCAGAUUCUCUGAAACUUUCGAUGAUAUUAUUGACCGUAGAUGUUGAAAUCCCUAAACUUUGAGAAACGUUGUUCUUAAACCGUUUGACGAUUUGCUCACGCAGUUGUGGACAAAGGGGUGUACCUCGCCCCAUCCUUUCUUGUGAAAGACUGAGCAUUUUUUGGGAAGCUUUUUUUAUAUCCAAUAAUGGCACCCACCUGUUCCCAAUUAGGCUACACACCUUUGGGAUGUUCCAAAUAAGUGUUUGAUGAGCAUUCCUCAACUUUAUCAGUAUUUAUUGCCACCUUUCCCAACUUUUUUUCUCACGUGCUGCUGGCGUCAAAUUCUAAGGUUAAUGAUUAUUUGCAACAAAAAAAAUGUUUCAGUUUGAACAUCAAAUAUGUUGUCUUUGUAGCAUAUUCAACUGAAUAUGGGUUGAAAACGAUUUGCAAAUCAUUGUAUUCCGUUUUUAUUUACAUCUAACACAAUUUUCCAACUCAUAUGGAAACAGGGUUUGUAUAUUUAUGUACAAUUGUCUUUAAAAAGCUGUAAACGGAAGCUUUCGUUUGACUGUGGAAAUUAAUUACGUGUCCCACGAUGACACUGCCAAGUGAAAGCAUGUAAAUAUUAAAAACAAGAGGACCUAAAAUAGAUCCUUGAGGGACACCACAUGUGAUUUGCUUGUAUACAUACUUAGCAAAAAUAUUGUGUCUGAGGGAUAGGAAGUGAACCACUUGCGAACAGUACCAGCAGGUGUUUGGAGUCUAUUUCAAAGAAUGGGGUGAUCAAAUGGAUCAAAGGCGGGACUAAGAUCCAGGAGAACCAAAAAUGACACUUUUUGAGGAUCAACACCCAACUUGAGAUAAUUUACUAUCUUGGAAAGUGCUGACUCUACUGUGGUUCACAUUAUAUACAGACUGGAAUGUCUCUAAAAUAUUACAAAUAUUUAAACAUUAUAUCGCUGUUUAAACACCAGUUUUUCCUCAAAUUUGACCUUAAACUGACCUUGAAACUGUUCUAUAACAGCAAUUUAUAAUAGUCUCAUCAAAUAUUGUAAAAAAAAAAUAAAAAUGGGUGUCAUGUGAUGUAAAAGACGUGAUACCAAUUAUUAGCAGUGAAGGAGGCCGAUGAAUGAUGUUUUUUAGUAAAACUUAACAUUUUAAAGGGGAACAUUAUCACAAUUUCAAAAGGGAUAAAAAUAAUAAAAAUCAGUUCCCAGUGGCAUGUUGUAUUUUUUUAAUUUUUUUUCAAAAUUUUACCGGUCUCCGAAUAUCCCUUAAAAAAAGCUUCAAAGUGCUUGAUUUUCGCUACUUGCGAUGCGACUAUCCAUUUCCCUGUGACGUCAUACAGUGCUGCCAAUGUAAACAAACAAUGGCGAAUAGCACAGCAAGAUAUAGCGACAUUAGCUCGGAUUCAGACUCGGAUUUCAGCGGCUUAAGCGAUUUAACAGAUUACGCAUGUAUUCAAACAGAUGGUUGGAGUAUGAAAGUAUCGAAGAAGAAACUGAAGCUAUUGAGCGAAUAGCUAUUGACGCCAUUCAUAGCCAUAGCAUGGCCGAAUAGCUGCGUUAGCAUCGCCGGUAAAAUGUGCGGACCAAACGAUCAGGACUUUCGCAUCUUGUGACACUGGAGCAACUUAAAUCCGCCGAUUGGUAAGUGUUUUUUUCGCAUUAAAUGUGGGUGGGAGGAAACGUAAUAUCGUUGCAAAUGCAUCUGCAGGUUAUCCAUACAUCUCUGUGCCAUGUCUGCUUUAGCACCGCCGGUAAAUAGCAUGUUAGCAUCGAUUAGCGUAGCAUGUUAGCAUCGAUUAGCUGGCAGUCAACAUCAACAAAACUCGCCUAUGUGAUUACUGGGACUUUAUUGUUACAAAUGUAUCUGCAGGUUAUCGAUACAUCUCUUGCCAUGUCUGCUUUAGCACCGCCGGUAAAUAGCAUGUUAGCGUUGAUUAACUGGCAGUCACGCCGCGACCAAAUAUGUCUGAUUAGCAAAUAAGUCAACAUCAAUAAAACUCACCAUUGUGAUUUCGUUGAAUUUAUCAUUGCAAAUGCAUCUGCAGGUUAUCCAUACAUCUCUGUGUCAUGUCUGUCAUCGCUGGUAAAAUGUGGAGCUUCUUUGGUACAUUCAACGUUGGUCUGGCGGCAGACACUUUCGCAUCUUCAGGCCGGUGGUGCAACUUGAAUCCCUCCCUGUUAGUGUUGUUACACCCUCCGACAACACACCGACGAGGCAUGAUGUCUCCAAGGUUCCAGAAAAUAGUCGAAAAAACAGAAAAUAACAGAGCUGAGACCCAAUGUUUACAAUGGGUUGAAAAUGAAAAUGGCGGCUGUAUUACCUCGGCGACGUCACAUUCUGACGUCAUCGCCUCCAGAGCGAUAAACAGAAAGGCGUUUAAUUCGCCAAAAUUCACCCAUUUAGAGUUCGGAAAUCGGUUAAAAAAUAUAUAUGGUCUUUUUCCUGCACCAUCAAUGUAUAUAUUGACGCUUACAUAGGUCUGGUGAUAAUGUUCCCCUUUAAAUAAUAUUAUCGCAGACUUCAACACUUAACUAAAAUCUCUUCUAAAGAUGUAUACUAAUUUGAAUAAAUGUAUCUUUGAAAUAAUUUGUAUCCCUCCCACGCAGACAAUAUGAAUUUUUUUUAUCCCUGAAUAACGUCAACUGUGAUGGGUGAAAAUACUCCAAUACACAAGUGUUGUUAGUUGAUAUUGACAUAUGGCAACAUUGGCUAGUGGGCAGCCUGGGACGGAGUCAGCUAUCUGUUCCUGUCUGUGUCCAUGCUGCCCACUUCCAACUCUGGUGGCCGAUGGCUUGAGACCACUGUGGUGUGUGUGGAUGUUCAAAUGGUCUUUUGGUUUGUUACCCUGAUGCAAUCGUAUGUGCAACAUGUCUAUUAUUUAUUGCUCAUUGCUAUCAACGGCACUGCUGAAAUGGCAGCUGGUUACAUCAGCUCUGUGCUCUCUUAAUGUACUUAAUGUUUGUUUUUUUACUUGAAUUUUUGUGGACUUUUAGUAUUUGCAUGUGCCUACAUCUCCCUAACGUUACUCAACUAUGUCCCAUUUUGCCAACCAAUAACGCCGAGAUCAUUAUACAUGCAUUUUUUUUUUUUACUUCUCGUCUUGUUUACUGUGACGUCUUGUAUUCUGGUUCCUCCAUGUCCAGCAAUAAAGGAAUGCAGUUGGUACAAAA